AUGUCGAGCUUCCGCGCCAAGCGGUGGAAGAAGAAGUACGCCCCCGGGGGUGGCAAGGGCAAGGACAAGGAUUCGGCUGACGGGGGGCCGAAGGAGGCACAGACCGUCCCGGCCAACAACUGGGAGUUCCACGCCUUCAGCAGCUCCCUCUUCGGCGGCAAGAGGGACUCCCUGCUCAGCGAGGACGAGGAGUCACACACGCCGUCCCCGCCCGCCUCCAGGCCUGGCUCCAGGCCCCCGUCCUGGCUGGCCGCCCUGCCUCACCACUUCGUCAUCGAGGAGGAGGAGGACAAGUCUCAAGGUAAGCGAUCCUAUCAGGGGCAGGAAGUAAGAAGGGGAGGUCGUGUGGAUUUUAUCUACUCCCUAUCUUUAGUAGUUCGAACAUCAGGAUAA